GAUAGAUUGUUUCUGGUUUUCUCGGCCCGCCCCAAGCAAAUUGAGCUUAAACUAAACUUCCCAGCAAGCAGCACGCUUGCCUGGAACUCGAGGCAAGAUGGCGGACCCUUGUCCGCCUGCUGCCCUGCCAAAUGCUCCGGUUUCUUUCGCUUUUACUCGCACGGCUCCCCGGAGGCGGCUGGCAGACACUGAAGACGACGAAGGACCGGCCUCAGAGAAGAAAGAUUUCUUGACGACCGUGGAAGGGAGGGAGCUGCAGAGUGUGAACCCUCCAGAAGCCCCCAAGGAACUGGUGAUCCCGUUGAUCCAGAAUGGCUCUCGCAGGCAGCCACUGCCCAAGAACCGUAAGCCAUCCCCAGAAACUAGUGCCAUGCUGAUAUCAGAUGGUGUGUUGUCCCAGGCUGUGAAGGAACUCAUUGAGGAAUCCAAGAAGUCUCUGGAGGAGAGGGAAAAUGCAGGUGUUGACCCCACACUCGCUAUCCCCAUGAUCCAGAAAGGAUGUACUCCCAGUGGGGAAGGAACAGAAGUCGAACCUCAGGCUGAGACAGUGCCAGAGGAAGCCGACUAUGAGGCAGUGCCUGUGGAAGCCUACGGGCUCGCUAUGUUGCGGGGCAUGGGAUGGAAACCUGGCAAGGGCAUCGGCAAUACUUUCAGUCAGGUAGUGAAGCCUCAAGUCAACUCCAUAAGGCCCAAGGGCUUAGGGUUGGGUGCCAACCUGAUGGAGGCCAACGCCUUGGGCUCCGCUGGCUCUUACCACCCGUCAAGACCAGAUGAGGAUCAAGAGGAUAAGAAAGGCCAACCUCAAGGGUUGGUGCCUGGGAGAGCUGUGGUUGUCCUUUCUGGCCCUCACCGGGGCCUCUAUGGGAAGGUAGAAGGCCUUGAUCCUGACAAUGUACGGGCCAUGGUUCGGCUGGCAGUAGGCAACCGUGUAGUGACUAUUAGUGAAUAUUGCCUUCAGCCUGUUUCCCAGAAGGAAUUUGAUAACCAUACCUCGCAGCCAGUCCAUGGGAGCAGAACUUCUACAGAGCAGCAGAACAGAACACCUGGAAUAGCCUUGUCGUUGAAGGCCCUCCAGAAUCAGGAGGACUCAAAGAGGAGACAGACAGAUUCAGAAAAGAAGCGGAAAUACCCUCCAGACCGACAGGAUGGACCUGUAGCGAAGAGUGAGAAAGCAGCCCCAGAGAACAAGCACUGGCUGCACAGGGACUUACGUGUGCGCUUCAUUGACAAAGUAUACAAGGGCGGCCGCUAUUACAACACCAAGAUGACAAUUGAAGAUGUCCUGAGCCCAGAUACUUGUGUGUGUCGGACAGAUGAAGGCCGAUUUCUGGAAGAUGUGAGAGAAGACAUGCUGGAAACCCUGGUUCCCAAGGGAGAGGGCUACUCUGUGAUGGUGGUGCUGGGACCAUAUGCUGGAAAGGUGGGACGACUUCUGAGUCGGGACAGAGAACAGAGUCAGGCUGUGGUACAACUUGCUAGCAAAAAGCAGGUGAUAGAACUCCACUAUGAUGCCGUCUGCCAGUACAUGGGCCCCACCAAUGCAGAUGAAGACUGACAUGUGGACCACUGCCAUCACUCAGGCUGUCACUACUUGUGUAGAUAUUUAUAACAGAUGCCAUGGGAGAGGAAUGAUCUAUCCUCCUUUGAGGUGCAAGGACAGUGACAUGAAUAGAUAGACCAGGCUAUUUACCAAAAUUUAAAGUAUAAUAAAAAAAUUCUUAAUUUUUUUAAAGAUUUAUUUAUUAUAUAUGGAGUAUUCUGCCUACAUGUAUGCUGACACACCAGAAGAAGACACCAAAUCUCAUUAUAGAUGGUUAUGAGCCACCGUGUGGUUGCUGGGAACUGAACUCAGGACCUUUGGAAGAGCAGACAGUGCUCUUAACCUCUGAGCCAUCUCUCCAGCCCUAAGAAAACAUUUUAAAUAGCAGGAGAUUAAAGUCAAAACCAGUAUGUGAGCUAUGAAUUCAGGUAGGAACUGAGAUGACUGAGGUGGAAAUACUUCAUUUCUUAGCCUGAUUUCCAUGUUGAGGGUACAGGCCAAGUUAAAUUACCCAUUCAAGACAGAGCUCACUCUAGGAACGUAGAAACUGAAAUCUGUCCCCCGACAAACACUGUAGACUCUCCAGUACCACAUCUCAGAACAACUUAAUGAGUUUGGAUCUUGAAUGGACUUCAAAGGCCCAUGGCUUCUUUUUUUUUUUUUUUAAGAUUUAUUGUGUUUUUAGUUUGUGUGUGUCUGUGUCUGUGUGUGUGCAUGCCUGUGUCUGUAUAAGAGUAUGUGAUUGUAAGUACAAAUGUUUUCAGACACCAUGAGUAUUAAGUCCCCCUGGAGUUGAAGUUACAGGCAAUUGCAAGCUGCCCAACAUGGAUGGGUACUAGGAGCCAAAGUUGGGUCCUUUGGAAGAGCAGCAAGCACUCUUAACCACUAAGCCAUCUCUCCAGCCCAUAGGCCCAUAUCAUAAAGGAUUCUUGGGCAGGAUUAUGCUAGUAACAUGUACUUUCGACCUUUGAAAAGUGAAGGCCUUGUAGAGAGUAUUUACAUUAUGACUUAAAGCCUCCCAAACUGGACCAAAUUAGACCUUUCUUCUUUAUAUUUAUGCCUGAUAGUUUGUCAUUGUAAGGGGAAAGUGACUUGCUGCGCCCACUGACAACUCUAGUAGGGGCACCUAUUGAUCCAUGCUCCAGGACAGACCUCCAGGUAUGUCCCUGAGCUGAUAUGCACUGAAGAGAAAUGAGGAUGUAUACCUACAAAUGAGAUGGGUUAGCUCUAAUCUCCAAAGGAGCCAGUCACUUUCAGUCCCCGAAGCAUUGGCUUAGAGGUUAAAGGAUAUUUCUGACUCGUGGUUUCUCUGCUUGCCCUAUAUUCUAAAAAAAAAAAAUGUUAUUGUUAAGAAUCCUGAACCUUUUUCUUGCUUACUGGCCUGAGAUAAAACUCAACAAGAGAAGUCAGAGCCUUAGACACUAUUGGGUUGUUUGUUUGUUUUGGGUUUUGGUUUUUGGUUUGAUUUUUGAGAUGGGGUUUUUCUAUGUAGCCUUGGCUGUCCUGGACUAGCUUUGUAGACCAGGCUGGCCUUGAACUCACAGAGAACCUCUGGCCUCUGCCUCCCUGAGUGCUGGGAUUACAGGUAUACUGACAAAAUUGUUUUAAAAUCAUCCCUGAAGCCUAAGUCAUUCGUGCAAUAAAUGGUAUUUGACUUAAAUCUGGGCCACAGGUAGAAAUACCUAACUUGUAAGCCUAUGGCAUACCCUGAAAAGAAUCCAAACCCCCCAGUACAAGAGAAUACAGGUAAAUGUGGCUAGGGCUGGGGCUCAAUGUUGGUGUAUUUGCCUAGCAUGUGGGUUCCAUUCACAUAACCACCAGGGAAAAAAAGAAAUCACUGUCGCUGUUGAACAAAGGCAAACUGAAUUCUCGAGCCAAAAUGAACAGACAAAAAGACAUUAGUUACUGAGUGUGGUGACACAUAUCUGUAACCUUGCAUUUGAGAGGCUGAGACAGGAAGAUUUCUAUGAGUUCCAGGACAGUCUGAGCUUCACUGAAAGACCCUUUCUUCAAAACCUAAAAAAAAACAGGAAAUAUACUGGAUGUGUUAUUACACAUGAGUGUGAAUGAAGCCAGCCUGGACUACAUAACAUGUUCCAGGCCAGCUAGGGCUACAUAGUAAGUACCUGUCUCAAAAAAGAAAUAAGGAUGGCUUUUUCUCUUCCUUUUUACCCCUUUUAUGUUUCUCUCUUAUCUAAUUGAUAUAUGUUACACUUUAACACUGUAUCAAAUAAGGGGAGAGUGGGUAUCUUUCCUUGUCUCAUUCCUGACUAGAGGAAAUUCUCAGUGUGUCUCUAUUUAAUGCUGGCUAUAAGUUUAUUGUAUAUAGCCUUUAUCAUUGUGAUGUAUUUUCCAUCUAUUCCUACACUCUCCAGGACUUUUAUCAAAAACCUUGUCAAAUGGGUUUUCAGCAUCAACUGAAAUAAUGUGGUUUCUGUCCUUGAGUUUAUUUAUCUGAUGUAUUCCAUUUACUGAUUCAUGUAUGUUGAAACAACUUUGCCUUUCUGGGAUGAAGCCCACUUGGUUGUAAUGUGUAAUCUUCUCAGUGUGUUCCAGAACUCGGUUUGUAAGCAUUUUAUUAGAAAUUUUUUAACAUAACAUUUUUAUUGUUUCUGUGGGAAUUUUACAUCAUGCACCCUGCUCACACUCAUUUCCCCUACCUUCCAUGUCUGCUCCCUACCUUGUGACCUCCCCCCAAAAAGGAAUAAUAAAUAAUAAAUACAAAUAAAAAAUAAAAACUAAGAUCAAUUUGU